GUGAACUCUCGCCUUUCCACCCCUCCACCGACACACGUCAAGUCAACCUCGACUCGAUCACCACCAUUCCCAACCCGUUUUAAUUUGCCCUUAAAAACUCCUAUCUUCAAGCUUCGACAGCAAAAGAAGAAAUGGGGGGCAAAUCCGCUAACAAGGCCGGCUACUUCGACAAGCUCAAGGGCUUGCUCGAGGAGUACAAGUCCAUCUUCAUCGUCGGCGUCGACAAUGUCUCGUCUCAGCAGAUGCACGAGAUCCGUCACGCCCUCCGUGGCGAUGCCGUUGUCCUGAUGGGCAAGAACACCAUGGUUCGCCGUGCCCUCAAGACCUUCAUCGCCGACUCCCCCGAGUACGAGCGUCUCCUGCCUUUCGUCAAGGGCAACGUUGGAUUCGUCUUCACCAACAGCGACCUGAAGAGCAUCCGCGACAAGAUCCUGGAGAACAAGGUCGCCGCCCCCGCCCGUGCCGGUGCUCUCGCCCCCGCCGAUGUGUGGGUCCCCGCUGGCAACACCGGCAUGGAGCCCGGCAAGACCUCUUUCUUCCAGGCCCUCGGUGUCCCCACCAAGAUCGCCCGUGGUACCAUUGAAAUCACGGCCGACCUGAAGCUCGUUGAGGCUGGCUCCAAGGUCGGUCCCUCCGAGGCCACCCUGCUCAACCUGCUCAACAUCUCCCCCUUCACCUACGGUCUGGCCAUCGAGCAGGUCUACGACCAGGGCAACACCUUCCCCCCCGAGGUCCUCGACGUCGGCGAGGAGCAGCUCCUCAAGACCUUCGGCAGCGCCAUCUCCACCAUUGCCUCCGUGUCUCUGGCCAUCGGCUACCCCACCCUGCCCUCGGUCAUGCACUCCUUCGUCAACGGCUACAAGAACGUUGUCUCCGUCGCCCUUGGAACCGAGUUCUCCUGGCCCGAGAUCGACGAGCUCAAGGACCGCAUCGCCAACCCCGAUGCUUACGCCGCUGCUGCCCCCGCCGCCGGCGCUGCCGACUCUGGCGCCGCCGCUCCUGCUGCUGAGGAGAAGAAGGAGGAGGAAGAGGAGGAGGAGGAUGACGACAUGGGCUUCGGUCUCUUCGACUAAGCGGUGUGUCUUUACGCCUCUCGACAUUUGAUGACACGUACGAUCGAUGAAAUAAACGGCUUCUCGUGAUGGGGAGCCGACUUGAGCCGGUUCUCUGCGGGACAUUUGAAAACGGGUAAAUUGGUUCGUCGGAUUAGGGACCAUCUCAUGGGAUAAAACCCUUUUGGUAGCGAACAACGACGGAUCCUUUGCUCCC